AGUGAAUAGGUCUGCAAGAUCUUGUUUUGAUUGUUACACCAUGCUGUUUUGUGUACUUUGUGUGAAGGCAAAGAAUAAAUGCAUUUAGAAAAGAGAAGAUACAUUUUAUUACAUGUAUUGUGAUGAAAGGAAAAUGUAAAUAGCCUCUGAUGUUAUGGUGCAGGAUUGCUAUGCCUUUCUCAAGAUCGCCUAAAUGUUCCACAAAGGCGUGCUACAUCAUCUGUUCUAAUAAGUGUUCUCAGGAUUACUGACGCUGUCUUGUGGACGUUCUCUAGAUUAUUCUUAGAUGGCAUAGAUUGGGAAUGCAGAUAUAAUUGUAAAGAUGGAAAUACCGCGAAAGUUCCAAGCGCGCAGCUUGCUGGAGUUGCCAGUAGAGAUUUUGUUACACAUUUUUUCCUUUGCUGAUUACAGAGAUAUUUGCAGGUCUGCACAGACUUGCAGACAGCUGAAAAAUAUUGCUGCUGAUGAGACACUAUGGAGAAAACAGGCAGAGAAAUGUUUUUUGGUCAAGCUGGGUCCAGAAGAUGAUUCAUGGAUCAGCACAUUUCAGUCAUACUACAAAAGGUUUGGGAAAGACAUACCAGUGUACCAGAAGGUUCGAAGAACAUGGAACCGUCUGGAAGAUUAUUUGAAAGUGAAUGAUCCUCGCAUGCUCGAUUCACUUAGAGAUCCUGCCUGUUUGGAUGAGAUAAAGAUUGCUGAACAAAAAAUAAAAGGCAGCCUUCCUGGAGACUUACGCUGCUCUCUGCAAAUUCACAAUGGUCAGGAAAUGAACAGAUGUUUUGGAUUGUUAGGCUGCAUGAAAAUCUCCAGCUAUUUUCGUUCAGAAGUACUCUUGGACUGUGCAUCAAUGGCCAGAGGCUACAAUGAGGAUGACUCUGAACUACCAGGUUGUGCAGCAUUGACAUUCUGCUUCUUCUCUAGGAAAGCUCAGUACAUUGCACUGAAAGACAUAGGUGGUUUCCAGGUGGGAGAGAUCUUUUACCCAACACCUGACAACAGCAACCAGACCAAGACAGAUCAUUUCAUUACUGGGUACAGUUUUUUGGAAUGGUUCGUCAGGUUUGUGGAUGAUUUGGAAUCAGGUGCCUUUCCUAGACUGAAUGAGAAAAUUUACAGAUUCUACCAUGAACCAAGCUGUGUGGUGUUGACUAAGGAAUGCUUUAAAGCAUCUGCCAGCACAUGCUUUAUGCCGGACUUGAGUACCAUCAACCCUCCACAUUUCUUCUUUGUGUAUAGAAUCACGAUAUCAAUGGACAGUAGAGCCGACAAGUGUUUAUCCUGUCAACUUGAAACUCGUCACUGGAUCAUCACAGAUGACGAAGGCAGAGAAGAGAGAGUUGAUGGGCCAGGAGUUGUGGGGGAGUAUCCAAUAAUGACACCAGGAGCAGAGUAUUCUUGGAUAAGCUGCACGACUUUUAGCACUACCUAUGGCAACAUGCGUGGUCACUUUACAAUGAGAUGCUUGGAAAAUGGACAGGAGAUAGAUAUAGAGUGCCCUGUGUUUCACAUGAAGUGCCUGCCAUACAAGACACACCGAGAUAGGCAGCAGUACAUCCUCCAGAGGAAAAAAAAUUUGUGAUAUAUGCUCCAUUGGAAAGAUUUGCAUAUAGUCCCCAUUCACAGGAGCUUGUUGGUUAAUGCUGUCACAUCAGUUUAGUAGUGUACUCUGCUGUGAAAGAUUCACAGAGAGGUUCCAGAGGCUGAGAGUUGUUCCACUUCUUAUGUUAAAUCUACAAAGCCACCUUUUUCAUUUUGUUCUUGCCGAAACUAGCAACAGAUUGUUUUUGAAGAUAUUAUUGUUUAUGUUUUUAAAAGUUAACUCAUCAUAAUUUGGAUAUGAAAGCUGAUAUUUUUAGUACUGCAGUUGUUUCAAUUCAAGAAAGAGGCCGCAGUACAUAGCCUAUCCUCAGAAGUGAAUUCUAACUGAAGUCCAGUUUUUGUCAGUGUUUUUCAGUUUUGCAACAUGCAAACAUUGGUUCUUAGAUUCAUAACUUUCAUGCAUAUACUGUAUUUAUUUUAUUGACUUAUGCUUAGAAAGUUGCUUUGCCUAGUUUAUGAUGUAAAAUGGCAGUAAUGCUGAGGGGUUUUGGUACUAAUGGUGUUGCAUAUUUACUUCAGAAUCAUCCAUGUUUUUAAAUCUUCUUUAUAAAUGUUUUGCAGUGUUUGAUUCCUGUGGUGCUCAUAACUGUACUUGAUGCAAUGCUAGUGGUGUAAAUAGCUAUGAUAAUUGUCAUUUUUAUUUAAGUGUAUUUUGUUCAAAGUUUUUUUUUUAACCAUGACAUGACCUGAUUACUUUAAUUACAGACAUUUCUAAUGAAGUUACAUGCAUCUGAUUUCAUGUAAUUUCAAGUUUUGCAUGUAUUACUGGUGAGCUGAAAGUGGUUCUUUCUGCUUUUUGUAAGAACAUCACAAUGCUUUGCAUUUGUACUUCUGUUUUACGAUUGCAUGAGGUACUUUGUAUCUGAAGUAAAAUUACAGUUAAGUAUGUGGUCACAUUAAAAGACUAUGACUGCUGUCAAUGUACAGAUGGAAGUUGUGGCAUGUGACUGACCAUAACAGUGCAGUGUUUGCUUGGCCUUAUCACCACCUUCAGAUAAAGAUGGUUUUAAUUUUUAGUUUUCACGCAGUUAUUUUGACAUAGUUAUUUUGAUUCUGCUGUUGUUGGAAGCUGGGUUUGGCACAUGCCAUCAGGAUCUUGUUUGUGAUAGAAAACAGAAUCUGCUGAAAUUCAUUUCAGAACCGUCACCCUUGUUAGAAACCUUGAGGAUUUAUUUUUUCCUUGGACUAAAGCAAAAUGAUACAGGAGAGGGUUAUGUAAGCGUUCUAGUCUAUUUCCAUCCAUAAAAGCAUGUAUAUGUUUCAGAUAUGUUUCAACUGGUGGAAGGAUUACUUGGGCAUUUCUGUGGAAAAAAAUGUAGAUAUGAGUAUGAGUAUAGCUAUAUCAGACAUGUUCCUAACAGCGUUCACAGGUAAUAGGCAGAACCACUGUGCAGGGUUUCAAAUGGCACACUGGCUUUUCAUUAGCUGGUUGGUAAUAAAAAUGAACCUUCAGUGUAUUGGUAUAUAUGUCAGGGUGUUUUGUUGUACUGCUAACAAGAUUAUAUAUAGGAAAGAAAAGCUGGCACACCAUACAUAGUGUCAGAUUUACCUCACAUUUUUUAUUUUGUGGUGCAGUCAACAACUUUCUUGGAGUGCAUCCCAUAUUAAAUCAUAAUUUGGAUAAAUAAAUGGGAUAAAUACCAG